AUGUCAGCAGAAUACCCGUCAGAAAAAUGUCUUCUUACGAUGCCAGACGUCGUCAUGAACAAAGUCUUGGGGAAGUUGGAUUUUCCGGCAAUACAAUGUUUACGGAAAACAUGUUCGACGCUUCGUACCUUCAUCGACGCCGUCAAACCGGACCCCGCAUUGGACAGACUACAAAUCUAUGCCAAACAUGAUAACAUAUCGUACAUGUUCGAUGAGCACGUUGUAAUCAAAUGCUGUAGAAACGGAGAAGGAUGUAAUGUUGAAUGGCGUGAACGAGACAACCGGCCACACGAAAAACUUCUGGAAUUUGAGAACUUUGUUGACGUUACUUCGAAGGAUAUCAUCUCAGUAUUGACGAAUCAGAAGUCAGAAAUGGAACUUUUAAGAGUUAAUGCAUUCAGAUGUCCAGAUGAUAUAUUGGAAGAACAACAAGAACUUUUAUAUCAAUUUUCUGAGCAAUUGUUAUCCAAUCUGGAGUCUCACCUGGCUUCCAAACCAAAAAAACUGCAAGUCGAAACCUUCGAAAUACAAGUAGCCGAAAUGGCUCAAGUUCUCCAUCUCCUACCACAUCUUGACGUCAAAAACCUGAAAAUUACGAAUGAAAAAAGUGAUAAUUAUGGCGCAGUGUUGAAUAUGCAAGAGUUGAUAGAGUUGGAGCAAUGGAAAAAGUUGGACACCCUGGAAAUACUCAACUGUUUUGUAAAUUUAAGAAUUGAAGAUCUGCUUCAUUUGAAGAGGUGCUAUUUGCACUAUGAAACAAUUAAUAGUGCUAUGAUUGAGGAAUUGAAGGAGGCAUUCCGUACCUCUUCUCACCUCAAGUCCUUCAGAAUCGGAAGUACCCAGUCUGACAUUCAACACUUGAUGGAUCCACGUUAUGCUGGCCCCCACAUACAAUUUGAUCAAAUUGUUGGCGAUAUUGAAACUUGGUUCUUCUCAGUUUCUACACCUGAACGAGUUCUUGUUAUAUCAAUUAUCGAUCGCCAAAUUGUGUUCGAGUCUGGUUGGUUGGUUUUUGUUCCAGAAGGGGCAACUAUAAAUUGA